AUGAAGAAAGGAAAGGACGAAAGUGACUCGAGCAAAGCAAGAAGGAUGAAGAAAUGUAUAAAGGAUUAUCUUGGAUUCCGACUUGGAAGCUUGAAUUCUUUUCUCUAUAGAAGGCAGAGGGCAGGAGUGCGCCCAGCCCCGGCUCUAAGCCAUGGCGAGAGGUGCGACCGCCAUGGGCUCCAGGUUCUCAAAAUAAUAGAGCCGGGGCUGAGUGCCCCUCAGAUGCUCCUUAGCGUCAGCGUGAGGAAUACGAAUUGCAAAACUAGAGUCCUCUCGUCCGCUUUCAACUUCUUCGUCCACUUACCUGCUUUCUUCCUUAACUUUGAAUGGAUGGGCGGAUGUGCUGUGUCAUGUGUUACCUGCUUCCCUUAG